CGCUCGCGCCUCCCGUCCUCCAAAUUCUCCAGCUCGCUCUCGUCCUCGGGCGACGAAAAGUCCGUCAGCCGCGAGCGCCUCUCGAACGGCGCCGCGCCUGUGGGCGUGCACCCACUCAAAAACACCUGGGUCUUCUGGUUCCGCCAGCAGCGCGCCCCGGGGAAUAAGAUCACCAACUACGAGGAGGGCAUCAAGAAGAUCGCCGCGUCCAGCUCCGUCGAGUCCUUCUGGUCCCUCUGGACACACCUCCACCCGCCCUCCGCCCUCCUCCCCACCACCGACUACCUCCUCUUCCAUUCGGGUAUCCGCCGGCCCGUCUGGGAAGACCCGCUCAACAUCACCGGUGGCAAGUGGAUCAUCCGCCUGAAGAAGGGUAUCGCCGAUCGCCUAUGGGAGGACCUUGUCCUCGCCGUCAUUGGUGACCAGUUUGACGAGUGCGGGAGCGCAAAGGAGAGCGAUGAGUGGCCGGAGAUAUGCGGGUGCACGAUUAGCGUGCGACAGAAUGAGGAUAUCGUCAGUCUCUGGAAUAGGCAUGACGGAGAUGCGAAGGUGAAGGAGAGGAUCAGGGACAACCUGCGGAGGGUGCUUAACCUCCCGCCAACAACUGUAAUCGAGUACAAGUCGAACAACGACUCCAUGCAGGACAAAUCCAGCUUCCGAACAAACAACCCCGACCGAACACCCCUGACG